CAAACGUGUGGUGUCACUGUCGGAAAACACAGGGAUACAAACAAGACUACACUCGGUAACAGCUGGGCUAAAUCCGGGAAAAAGGCGGUGAAACGACACCGGUACAUGCUGCUCUGCUGCUGGAUAAGAUGGAUGUCCUACACGGGCUGUAGACUUCUGAAGGGCUGAAGAGGAUGGGCCCAGUGUCCCGGUGCCUGAGGAGAUGUCUCUGGGUCGGCUCCUGCGGCGUGCCUCCUCCAAGGCCUCCGACCUCCUGACCUUUAACCCCGGGGCAGGAGGCUCAUCACUGCGCUCGGGCCUGGACGGCGAGAUCAUCUUCUCCAAAAAUAAUGUUUGCGUGCACCCUGCAGAGCCCCUGCCCGGCCUGGCAGAGCACCACCCAGGCUACCUGUGCGUGCACACGGAGAGAGAUGAGAGCCUGGGCACCACCCUGAUUCUGACCUGGGUGCCAAACUCCCGCAUCCAGAGGCAGGACGAAGAGGCGUUGCGCUACAUCACGCCGGAGAGCUCCCCUGUACACAGGAAUGCACGCCGCCGAGGCAGACGACCCCAUCCCCGUCACGCAGCAGCCCAGGAGGAAGAUGAGGACGAGGAGAGGAACAUGACCAGCAGCACCUCCGCAGAGGCAGGAGCGGACCCCUCCUCUCACCAGCAGCAGAUGCCCUCCGCGGGGGAGGAGGGCGACGAGGGCUCAUGCGAGCUGUCGGACGAAGUGAGUCGGGACAGCACCAUGGGCUCGGACUCGGACACGUUCUCAUCCCCAUUCUGCCUGUCGCCCGUCAGCGAGGCCCUCUGUGAGAGCGGCGGCUCUGUCUUCCUGGACAGUGAAAGCAGGGAGCUGUGCGAAGAGUCCAUGACCCACUCUGUAAGCUCCGCCUCCAGUCUGGACAGCCACGCCCCCUCCGAGAGCGGCGGCCAAUCGCAGGCCGUGCGGUGGGAGGAGCAGCAGAAGGUGCUGGCUCUGGAGCAGUUGUGCGGUGUUUUCAGGGUGGACCUGGGUCACAUGAGGUCGCUGAGGCUCUUCUUCAGUGAUGAGGCGUGUACCAGUGGCCAGCUGGUGAUCGCCAGUCGAGAGAGCCAAUAUAAGAUCCUCCAUUUUCAUCAUGCUGGCCUGGACAAGCUGUCUGAGGUCUUCCAACAGUGGAAGUGCUGCAGGGAAACUCAGCUCAAAGACCAGGUGGCAAGUGAGAAAUCUUGCAUGCAGUUUUCUAUCCAGAGGCCCACCCUGCCUUCGGCUGAGACUCACCCCGAGGAGAAGCUUUAUCGACGGCUGGAUGUCACCACCUGGCUACGUCACCUCAACCACAGUGGCCAGGUGGAGGAGGAGUAUAAACUACGCAAGGCCAUCUUCUUCGGUGGUAUCGACCCAUCCAUCCGUGGCGAGGUGUGGCCCUUCCUGCUGCACUACUACAGCUAUGACUCCACCUCCCAGGAGAGAGAGGCCUGGAGGCUUCAAAAACGCACAGACUAUCAUGACAUCCAGCAGAGGAGAUUGUCCAUGAGCCCGGAGGAGCACAGCGAGUUCUGGAGAAAGGUCCAGUUCACGGUGGAUAAAGACGUGGUGAGAACAGACCGCAGCAACCACUUCUUCAGAGGAGAGAAUAACCCCAAUGUGGAGAUCAUGAGGCGGAUUCUGCUCAACUAUGCAGUGUUUAAUCCAGACAUGGGCUACUGCCAGGGCAUGUCGGACCUGGUGGCCCCCCUGCUCACUGAGAUCCAGGACGAAAGCGAUACCUUCUGGUGCUUCGUCGGCCUCAUGGAGAACACCAUCUUCAUCAGCUCGCCGCGGGAUGAAGACAUGGAGAGGCAGCUGAUGUACCUGCGGGAGCUGCUGCGUCUCAUGCUGCCCCGCUUUCACCAGCACCUGACGGGGCUGGGGGAGGAUGGCCUCCAGCUGCUCUUCUGCCACCGCUGGAUCCUGCUGUGCUUCAAACGAGAGUUCCCCGACACCGAGGCUCUGCGCAUGUGGGAGGCCUGCUGGGCGCACUAUCAGACAGACUACUUCCACCUGUUCCUGUGUGUGGCAAUCAUUGUUCUCUACGGGGAGGAUGUGUCAGAUCAGCAGCUCGCCACGGACCAAAUGUUGCUCCACUUCAGCAACCUCUCCAUGCACAUGAAUGGAGAGUUGGUGUUACGCAAGGCCCGCAGCCUUCUCUACCAGUUCCGCCUGCUACCCAGAAUCCCCUGCAGUCUACACGACCUUUGUAAACUGUGUGGCCCGGGGAUGUGGGACAGCCGCUACAUCCCCACUGUGGAGUGUUCUGGUGAACACCCGGACUCGCAGAGCUGCCCCUAUGGAGGCACUUCCACCCCCCAGCCCUCCUCACCCUCCCUCUCAAUCACACCCUCGCCCUCGCCGAACCCAACCCCAACGCCUACACCAGAGGGCAAAAAAAGCUCUAAAACCAGGGAUAUUUUCACCUUCCGGAAACAGUCCUGAGGGCGGGGGCUAUGGGGAGCUUUGCUGGUCUUUGCCCCAUGUUGGUUUGGAUCCAAUCUGCUGGAUUUCGGAACAAUUUGUCCCCCCCUCUGACUCCUCUCCCCCAAAGUCCCUGCUUCUACGAUCUUACUGAGGAGGUUUGUCACUUGGUCCUUUAACCUGGUGCAAUGUGGAAUACUGUCUUUCCAGAAUGGUAUUUACAUCGUUCAGUAUCACAUGAUUCUGCGUUGAGGAAGGUUUGCAGCUGGAAGUGCAGCAGAGCAAGAGGCUGCUCUCCUCUUGGUGCAGGACAGACAAUCACCAGGGGGAAUGUUGCUCUGGGGCUACUUCAGGUUUGAGUCUGCUGCUGGCUUGGCAUACUUCCAUGGGCUUUGUGGGCAGGGGUCACAUGAGGGUCUGAGGCAAGCAGCCCAAAAUCGUGCAGACUGCUCUGACCGAGGUUCAAAUGUAACUGGAGAUUCAUUCACGGGACUUGAACUUGAACUUUUAAAAAAUGUUGCCAUGUUCUCACAAUGGAAUACUUGUGUGAAUAUCAAAUUACAUGAGCAUAUCUCAAGCCUGAGCAGGACAUUUUUAACACCAAAUCCACAUCCUCUGUGUCAACAAAGAGGGGUUGACCUACAAAUGAUAUUAUAACAAAUGACUGGUACUCUAAUUUUUAGUUUGAUUUUGUUUUGAAACAAGUGAAUGUCUGCGUUUAUAUCAGCAAUUACAAAUAUUUAGCAAUAUUAUAGCCUUGCAUGAGCAAUUCCUCGACAUAUACAGGGCACAACGUGUUUCUUGGAAAACACUCAAGCCCAAAACAGAGGUAAGAAUGUGUUGACAUGACAAACACUCGCAUCAUGACAGGGCUCUGCAUAUUUCCUCAUCAGAAAGACGAAAAGGAACAUUCACAAAAUAUCACUGUUGAAAAUUGUGUUUCCCGACAGGCGGGAGGAAGCCAGGCAUUUGUUUCCUUCUGGUAAGUCACAAAGGUUCUCCCUACCUGUCGAGACAGGAGCUUAAUCAUUUCCCGUAAGAUAUCAUUUCAAGCGUAUUGAGGCAUUGGAUGGAUAUGAUAGCGUUGUCAGCCAAAGAAAGAAUCGAUCAUGUUUUUAUCCUGACAGAAAAAUAGACCACUUUGUGUUUUACUAGAAGACUUUUUUUCUUCAUGUUGAGAAAGGCUUGUGAAAAACAGACAGCAGUGUUUUUGUUUCCCUUCAGUGUUCUCUCCCCUUUCACCUUAAAGAUGAAUGACAAAGCACUAUCAACACUCAGAAUCAGUCCACAUGAAUGUAUCUGCUUUUUUGUGUUUCUUCUCACUCACCAAACUGUGUGUGUGUGUGUGUGUGUGUGUGUGUGUGUGUGUGUGUGUGUGUGUGUGUGUGUGUGUGUGUGUGUGUGUGUGUGUGUGUGUGUGUGUGUGUGUGUGUGUGUGUGUGUGUGUGUGUGUGUGUGUGUGUGUGUGUGUGUGUGUGUGUGUGUGUGUGUAAACUGGAGUGACCUCCAAACAUCUGGUAAUGAGUUGGGGAACAGCCGUAGAGGCCCCCCCCCCCAGACCAGUCUCUUUAAUUACAGCUGUGAUCAUAGGGAGAAAAAGAGAAGAAAAGUUGGGACUCUUUAGAGAAAUAAUACAGGACAGAGACAAAAGGGACGAUCUAAGCUUCACAGAGGGAUAGAGAGUGAUCUCCAUCCUGCCUCUGUGAUUUGCAAGUCCCUGAUGUAAAGAUGGUCUCCCCUCUGAGGCUUUUGAGUGACACUCCUGGGGCUGAAAACAUCUUCAAAUUGCUGUUAAAAUGUAACAUUAGGACCUUCAAUCAGCAAACCCCCCCCCCCCCUCUCUCCGUUUCUCUUGUGGUCUCUCGCUCUCUCACUCAGCAAGCAGUCUCUGCAAAUGACAUUCAUAACUGUUCCUUUCCCCCAUUAGUUAUCAUGUGCAGCUGCUUGCUAGAAAUGCACGCAGAGUUUUAAAUGGACUUUAACCCCCUCACAACCCCACCUGGCGCCCUGCGCACUUGCACCCUCACUCACUCUCACACACGCACUCACACACACACACACACACUCUUUGUAAAGCGACCUUGAGAGUCCUGAAAGGCGCUAUAUAAAAUUAAUUUAUUAUUAUUAUUAUUAUUAUAAAGAUUGGGUGGCUCCGGUAAAAUGAGCAAAGUCAGAGAUGCACGAUGGAAAACUAAUUGAAUUGUGUGUGUGUGUGUGUGUGUGUGUGUGUGUGUGUGUGUGCGUGUGCGUGUGUGUGUGUGUGUGAGAACUCAUGAAUUUUAUUCAAAUCCUCAUUGAAAUCACAUUGUCUGCAAAGGCACCGUAAAUCACGAGCCUCCUUCAUGACUACUCCUAUUUAAAGGGGUUUUAUCAGUCAUCACUGAAUGUACAAUGUUGCUCUAUGGUAUGUCGAUGUAUUACUGUACACAUCUCAGAGAAAAAAACUAGCCUAUUCUUAUGGUGGGUAUUAAUGAAAACACAGGCAUACAAUGUUUUACAACAAAACGUAUCAAGCAUUUGAUUUCUAAAUGCUUUUCUGCUGGGAUUUACAGAACCACCACCAAUGCUUUUCAUCAAUAAACACUGAUCCAGUAAUGGAAGGAAGUCUG